CAUCGAUAACGAUAAGCUCCACCGAUGUGCUUAUCGAUCAGUGUCUCGUGAGGCCACCAUCAACGCACAGUUCCCGACGCUUGCCUCGUAUGGCGUAGUUGCGCCGCCAAGAAUCCCGCCCCAUAUCCAUAUUUGGAAUUCCCGCCCAGCGCCAUCAAUGAUUUGGCGUCUAACCUUGACUUCUGACCAUAUUCAAUGGUGUUCGCUGUCUGGUCCAUACCUCUGUGCGCAGCGUUCUCCUAUCAGCUCCUGACUCACGAUGGGAACGAUAAGCGCGCAAGUAACUUCCCGACGCUUCUUGGUGGGCUAUAAAAGAUAACGUGCAGGAUGGUCGUCGAGUCACUGCGCAUCCCCGCAAUCCCGCCCCACCCCCGCCUUCACUCCUCCUGACUUGCCCAAUCUCCCUGACUCAAAUCCACCACGAUGCACUACCGCAUGGGCUCCUCUUCUUCACACAGCCAUAAGUCUUGGGCAUCUCCCGAUCAUAAUCAGGCCUUCUAUGGCCAUUCAUCUGACCGUUGGUCCGCGUGCCCAACAUCCCCGGUACCGACCCCAAACACGCCGCACCUACACACUGUAUCGCUCCCGAUAACGAUCACAAACGCGCCCCACCUCCACACGGUAUCCCUCCCACACCCUAAUGCACCCUUGCACCAAAUUCCUGUGUCGUACCAACAUUCUUCCACACCCCACUCUUCGUUGAUAGUCUUGCACCCCCUCUUGAGCCGUGGUCCCAAUAUGAUGUUUAACGUCACGCGAGACCUAGCAUGUGUGCAACUGCGACCUGACUGUCCACCUACCAGACUUCGGGAAUUUGCGGUACAACCGCCAGUCUAUCGUAUGACUAUUACUAUUCCUGAGCUCCCCGCUUGGACGAUAGAGGUUGUGAACUCUCACGGCAUCACUGUGAAUGAUGUCCUGUUCAAGAUACGUGAAACCCUCAACCGAGGAGUUGCAUCGCACGAGAUGCAAAUGCAUAGACUUUCACAUGCGGUUAGUGCCGCUAUUGAUUUUUUCAGGGCCAGGUCCCGUGCUGACCCGCGCGAACAUGCGCAGGGCGUGAAGCGCGUUGACUUUUUGGGCCCGAAAGUUUUCUUUGCUGGCAUCACCAGAGCUCGAGACGGCUCGGAUAGCUGGGAUAUUUACUUCUCUCAGAAUGUUUGAUCUGUGACCCAUCUCGCCGUGUGCUGGCCGCAUCGACUCAUUAUUCUCAACACAUUGGACUUCGAUAUAUCGGACUCGCCCUUCAAUGGACUUCAAUCGGACUCCAUGGACCGUCACUGCCAGCUCUUACUUUACUUUGUAUCAUCAUUGCCAUUACCACUCACUCCUGCACAUCGAUAUUCGACCGCCUCCUACUCACGUUUUUAUCGCUAUCUUGCUGUAUCUCGCUCUGCAAUGUUUACGAUCUACCGGAAUGACUUGGAUAGACUAGUCACGUAUACCAGGACACUUGCACUUUUACAACAUACUCAAUCCCUAUGCAAUGCAAUGUAUUUCUAUAUGAUCGAUUUUUAAUUCUGAAGCAGUAGGUGAUAUGAG